AUGAGGCCCUCCCUGUUCGUGUACCCCGAGGAGUCCCUAAUAAAUGGGAGCUCAACCCUAUUCAGUGCUCUACUCACCAAGUGUCUGGAGAAGGAGGUCGUGGCAGUGUGCAGAUACACACCCUGCCAGAAUAUCCCCCCUUGUUCUGUGGCCUUGAUGCCACAGGAAGAGGAGCUGGAUGACCAGAAAAUUCAGGUGACUCCCCCAGGCUUCCAGCUCAUCUCCUUGCCCUAUGCUGAUGACAAACGGAAGGUGCCCUUUACUGAAAAAGUCAUGGCAAACCCAGAGCAGGUAGACAAGGUGAAGGCUAUUGUUCAGAAGCUCCGCUUCAAGUACAGAAGUGACAACUUUGAGAACCCAGUGCUGCAGCAGCACUUUAGGAACAUGGAGGCCUUGGCUUUAGAUUUGAUGGAGCCUGAACAAGCCAUGGAUCUGACACUGCCCAAGGUUGAAGUAAUGGACAAAAGACUGGGCUCCCUGGUGGAUGAGUUUAAGGAACUUGUCUACCCCCAUUACAAUCCUGAGGAAGAAGUUCUCAAGCGAAAACAAGAUGAUGAAAGUUCUGGAAGCAAAAGGCCCAAGGUGGAGUUAUCUGAAGAGGAGCUAAAGGCUCAUGUCAGCAAGGGCACACUGGGUAAGCUCACUGUGCCCACACUGAAGGAAGCCUGCAAGGUGUAUGGACUGAAGAGUGGGACAAAGAAGCAGGAGCUGCUGGAUGCUCUCACCAAGCGCUUCCAGAAGGCCUGA